GUUGCUCUUUUUGAUGAGUGUCUGACUCUUGAUGGGAUUAGGUCAUUUGUUCAUACGUUGAUCGAAUCUACUGGCUGUUGACAAAUGUCGACUUUGCUAGAGCCACAUCAGACAUCUAGAACGAUUCACUUGGGUCAUCUAGGAACCAGGCUCAGACACGACGAGGUCGAGCGACAGGUAGCUACAAAGACAUGAGGUCUCUUUGCUAAUGACGCUGCAUGAUGGAAUUGCUCGACCUUCCAAAUGAGAUCCUGGCCAAAAUAAUCUCUUUUCUCGACCAACCUAGUCCUUUUGACCAAAGGAUUCGAGAAAAGCCGCUUCUGCAGAACGACGACAUCAGCCCGACAACCAAAUUGCCUCGAACAGUGCCUGCUGAUGCUAGCCUGAAACAUGUCUCAACAACAUGCUCAUUGCUUCGUUCGACAGCUCUCCCAGAUCUUUUCAAACAUGUCAAGGUCAAUCCAUUACGACUUAGCGACUUUAUCGCCUUUCUGAACCAAAACCAGCUCAGUCACAGGGUGGUCAGUGUUGUCGCUAUCGUCCUUGGCCAUUACAACCACAUCCAUCCGGCAUGGUGGGCCAGGCUGUUGAACGAAGUUACAGCAACCCGCUUCACCAUCAUUGCAGCGCCGUCCAUCUUUGCCGAACUCGCCGGAAACCCGACCUGGAGCAACGAUGCAUGGGCGUUCAACAUGCCAUUUCAGAUCCUCAGUCUCGAUCAGUCUGCAGAAGCAUCACGCUGCAAGAUUGAUUAUGACAACCUUCCCAACCUGUUGACGGCUCGUCCUUGGACAAGAGCCCUCGUUAAUGAAGGCUCCAGUGUUCUGGCAUACACAACGUAUGAGUAUUUUUUCCGACGUACACCAUCGAUUCUAUCUGCACUUCACUUCCACCAGUCAAUUGCUGGUGAUCAAAUGUUUGCAAAGCUAGAAGAAUUCGAGUUUGUGGCCAUUUUUCCAUUCUACAAUCAUGUUGAGGAGGUACUCAAGUGCAUUCGAAAGAUGACCAACCUUCGACGUUUAUUUAUCAAGAUCUGCCCCAGUCCAGAGAGCACCGUCCUGCAUGACGAGAUCGAAGCCGCCGGGGGUCAUUUUGACAUCAACGAUCCCUGGAAUGAAUGUGAUACGUCGUGGAGAUUAAUAGCCCACAACGUGGCGGCAUUGGCUAGCAUAGGCAAUCUGCGUGAAUUCCACAUGGACGAUGUCCACGUGGAGGGAGUCAGACAAGCCCUCGAAGAUAGUAUCAAUCGCGUACUACAGGAGCCAUGGACCUAUCAAGGCAAAGGGUCUGGUGAAUGGAGAGUUGAUGCAGCAUCCAAAACAGCACGUGGCGCUCUCGCGGGGUUGUAGCAUCACCGAGAUGACGACAAGUGGGUUGAUUGGUGAUUCAAUUCGAUGGUUAUUUAUGACGAGUUGAAGAAGACUCGUAUCUAGACGUACUUUGAGAGUCCUCAGGCAUCAGGUAGAUAAU